GAACUAUAGUACUGCGCUCCGGUUUCUGCACAGAACAUUCAUCAGUUGCACCACAAAUGGCUGUUGCUAUGGUGACCGGAGACGCGGCCUAGUUACCGGGCCGGAACCUGCGCCUGCUGCAAUAACGUUUUCGGAAUCGGAGAACAUGAGCCCGGAAAGGCUGCUCCAGUCUGGCCGGGAGUACCUGGCUCAGAGACAUGUCCUGACCUACAUGGAAGACGCUCUCGCUCAGCUUCUAGAGCACAAAGACGUGGUGGAGCCUGGAAACAUUGGCAAGUUUUUCUCUGAGUACUUCACCAGUGUAUCUCAGGGGACACACAUCCUGUUCAGGGAGUUUGCUUUUGUUCAGCGCACACCACACAACCGAGUAUCCUUUCUGCGGCUCUUCUGGAGAUGUUUCAGGACGGUCGGAAAGAAUGGAGAUCUCUUGACUAUGAAAGAAUAUCAGAGUCUGCUGCAGAUGCUGUGCCCGGACUUUCCCAUGGACCUGACACAGAAAGCAGCAAGGAUUGUUCUGAUGGACGAUGCAAUGGACUGUCUGAUGUCGUUCUCCGAUUUCCUAUAUGCCUUCCAGAUCCAGUUUUAUUACUCUGAGUUUUUGGACAGUGCUGCUGCUAUUUAUCAGGACCUGCUGACCGGAAAGACCUUAAACACUGUCAUAGUCCCUACGUCACGGUCUGCAACGUCACGCCAGCGGCAGCCUUACACUGAGAGCGCAUCUCUGGACGGAGUAGAAGCUGCGCAGUUUUACCAGUGCUUGGAGAACCUGUGUGAACGAGACAGACACAGCACCUGCCCGUCUGUGCAACUGAUUGGAGAGAUACUAAGCACUGCUCCCAGACUUACUUUCUAUGGGUUCCUGAUGGCCCUGUCGAAGAAUAUUGGUAUUAAUCAGAACAUUGGUGCUUUGCCGGAGAAAGCUGAUCUGUUGGUUGAUGAAGUUCUGGAUAAAGAACUUGACAAAAUAGUUGCUCAGUUAUCUGCCUCCUCCAUUACUGCACAUCCUCCUACGGCUUGCCCUCUACCCUCCCGAGACAUCACCCGCGUGGCUUCCCCACGAAAGACUUUCGCCACCCGCAGACGCCCUGACCUGGAUAGUGAUGCCUCCACUGAAGAGACUGACGACUCUGAAAACUAGAGCUCAGAAUCUGUGGACCCUGCAUCUGCGAAACGCUAAACGUACCCUAACCCCAGAACCAUCCACCAUUGGAAGGCUGCCCAAUGCUUGUCAUAUGUAACUUUAUGCAUGGUAGCCUUUGACUUUCUAUGUAUCUAUUGUAUUGUCUUUACAUCAGAGCUGGCCAAACCAGUCCUCGAGAUCUACCAACAGUUCACAUUUUCCAGAUCACCUAGAUGGUGCACAGGUGUAGUCAUUACUAAUUAAGAUGUGCUGCAUUCAUGCCUAACUGACAAUUCUACAGAUCUCCAGGAGGCCUGGAAAACAUGAACUGUUGGUAGAUCUCGAGGACCGGUUUGGCCAGCCCUGCUUUACAUGUUUGUUGUAAGUAGCUGUAAGUUGCUCUUCUCCUGAUCAUCUAGUGGAGGGCACUCCUAUUCCUGCAAGGCUGUCUGUAUAAAUGUUAUUUGUGAAAUGGCGACAAAAUACGCAGCGUGCAAUACAUUCCUUUUACUAUAGGCCACGCUGUAUGCCACGCUGUAUGCCAAUCACUCACAAGUUUAUUUGUAUAUUUUGUUAAAAGAUGAUCAUGAAAGCUUCAGGUGCUGAAAUUUUCUUCUUGAUUUGGAAAAUUGUCAAUUAUUUCAUGAUAGUAUGUUCUUUGAAAGAAACAAAGGUUCAACAAAAACAUUUUAUUGGGGUCAAUGAGAGAGAGAGUGUAGGUACAGAUCCAGGAGUGCAGGAGAAGCACAACCAUGCCCUGCAAUGCCGCGACCACACUGCACCGUAGGUACACAGACAGCAAGGGGGUAUAGUCACGGCCCUUGGCGUAAAGUCUCACCAGCCCUGCAUCAGAGUGCUGUCUGCUGCUCUGAUAUUCCCAUCACUCUACACCUAGGAGUUCCCAUCACAUUACAUACAGCAAUACUUAUUGCAUUAUACCCAGCAUUGCCCAUCUUAUUAACCCCAGCAUUGUCCGUUGCAUUACUCCCAGCAUUGCCCAUCUCCUAUCCCCCCAGCAUUGCCCAUCACAUUACUUACAGCAUUGCAAACACCUUUAUCCUGGCAUUGCCCAACGCAUUACUCCGAACAUUGCCCAUCAUAUUACUCGCCAGCGUUGCCCAUCGCAUUACUUCCAGCAUUGCUCCACACAUUUAUUCUGCCAUUGCCCAACACAUUACUCCGAGCAUUGCCCAUCAUAUUACUCCCCAGAAUUGCCCAUCGCAUUACUUCCAACAUUGCUCUACACAUUUAUCCUGGCAUUGCCCAACACAUUACUCUGAGCAUUGCCCAUCAAAUUACUCCCCAUCAUUUCCCAUCCCAUACCCCAUCUCAUACCCCACCAUUGCUCAUCGCAUUUCUUCCAGCAUUGCUCUACACAUUUAUCCUGGCAUCACCCAACACAUUACUCCCGACAUUGCCCAUUGCUUUACUCCCAGCAUUGCCCAACACAUUACUCCCAGCAUUGCCUAUUGCUUUACUCCCAGCAUUGCUCAUCACAUUACUCUCAGCAGUACCCAUGAAAUGAAAGCAAUGACCAUCUUAUAACAGUUAAUAAUACACAUCAGACUUUUCUUUUAGACGGUGGUUUUCGCACUUACUUAACCAUGACGGGCAACCAUGACACAAUAGUUUUGUGUCCCCUGGCUAUGGUAUGCCAUCUAAUUCUAGUAGUUUACACUGCAAAGCCACGGCUGAAAUGCUUUUUUGUGACCACCCUCAGAUAUUUUUGAACUAGCGCGCUUAGUAUUUAUUGGGAAUGGCCUUUUAUGAUGGUGUAUGUGUACUAUAGCACAAUUACACUCAUUUCUUGUGGUCAAGGUGUCAUCUGUGGGGCUCCAAACACUGCUUUGUGGGUAGGCAAACAGCCCCUCCCCCACCACCACCACCACCACCACUCUACCUCACAACCGCCAACUGCAAAGGACUUUCCGCCUCAGUGGGCCUGGAGAUCUGUGCUAAUUAUUAUCCUUUACUUAUAUGGCUCCACAAGGGAUCUGCGGCAUCCAUUACAGAGUACAUAAACAAGUGAGCACAACAAGAAAACAGCACUUACAGUUCAAGACAAUAUAGGACAAGUAUGAAAGGGGUUAGCUGCCAUCAAUGGGAGUAUUGAGUAUAAGGUUGCAUAAGUAAGAGAAGGAAAGUACGCUGACCAUAUUAUCCCUUUAACCUGGGACACUCAUGAGUUACACAGGUUCUGUGGCUGGCUGACUACAAGCCUGCAUUUCACCUGGUUUUAAGCAGCCACAGAACCUGUGUAAUUCAUGAGUGUCCCAGCUUAAAGGGAUAAUAUGGUCAGCCUAAGGAAAGGCACAUGAGAGGAGAUGGCCAUGCUCUUGUGAGCUUACAAUCAUUUCUGGGCAGCGUUUGGGUGAAUCGGGUGUGUCGUUGUUUUUUUCUUGAAUUGCUGUGUGUGUAAAUGCUGGGAGGUAAGUAUUUGGAAGUGUUAUACAGAUUUUGUAAAAGACCUACCAUGUGUGACUUCUCCUGCUUCCAGUACCAAAGGACCGUUUCCCCAGCUUACAAUUACAGUGUUAUUUAAUACUCCUAUUUUCUGGGGGUUGGGUACAAAAUUCUGGCAGUCUGGAAAACUGACAGCGGAAUUCCAACCGACAGAAUGCCGACAUAUCCCAGUAAGUAUUUUAUCCCUAACCCACCCCUCCCACAGCCUUCUCCUAACCCACCCAUUUUGCAGCCUAAUGCUAGCCACCCCCUCCCACAACCUAACCCUAGCCAUCCCCUACGGCAACCUCUCAGCACACAUCUCUCCCGCCACUCAGCACAGCGCAAUGUGUGCUGAGCAUGCAGGCCAAUCUAGCACCAGCGAUAGCGAUGCGUGGGGCUGCGCAUCGCUAUCGCUGUGGGGGCUACACACAGAGCGAUCAUGCUUAAAAUCUAAGCAAUCUAGUCAGAUUGCUUAGAUUUUAAGCAGCGAUCGCUCCGUGAGUACCCCCCUUAACUCUAACCUUCCCAUCCCGCAGCCUAACCCUAACCAUCCCCUCCCACAGCCUAACUGUAACCCACCCGUCCUCCAGCCUAACUCUAGCCAUCCCUUCCACUGCCUAACCCUAAAUUUCACCCUUGUACCUAACCCGAACCCCACUACUUACUAGCACUGGCAGUAUCUAUCGGGAUUCUGCCGACGGUCUUCUGACUGCUGGGAUUUUGAACGCAUCCCCUUCCUAUAAUAACUGUUAUGCUGGGUACGCACUACACAGAUAUCGCAUUCAUUUGAGCGACAAACGAUAUACAUAUGUAGCCACUCCCAUUGUGGCUACAUCUGCGCUGAACGAGCACUCUCGGCGCAGCAAAUGGCCCGCCCGUGCAGAGCUGCACCAUUUGCCGCUCCCAUUUAUGCGAAUGGGGUGCGUGCAUGUCGAAGAUGCACACACGUCCCAGACAUGCAUGCAGUCGCGCCUAUUAAGGCACAAUUGCGGCAAGAUGUAGCCACGAUGAGUGUGGCUACAUUGAUAUCUAGCGGGUCGGUCGGGUGUGUACACCUCAUCUGUCUGUGAACAGUGUUGUUUGCAGACAUAUUGCGUCGGUCCAGCAAGACAGUCGAUACUGAUAUAUUAGCUGGCCUGGCUGUGUGUAUGGCUGCAGGGACUGACGUAACAACUGGGCUGGCAAAUUUAAAUGCCCACCCAGUUGUGACGUCUGGCCUGACAUAUCGAGCGGCCGCUCGGUAAGUGUAUAUGCUUAGGUAAUUGGCUGCUCUGUCAGCGUGACGGUGGCUUGGUCGACAUGUUGCUGUGGUGUGUACCCACCAUAACUCUCGUCCAUCUUUAAUCACAAUCUUGUUCAGUGAAGACUAUUAUCUCUCUUCUGUGUAAUAAGAGGGAACUGUGAAGUAUGUCUUUGCCAAGUAAUAUAUAGCUAAUAGUUUAUGGGACUGUUCUGCGAUUGGUUGAUGUGACCAGCAAAUCAGAUACACAGGAAAUACUUUCACAUUUAUCCCAUAAUUUUUUAUUUCUGUAUCUUAAUUGGUUGGUUAUUUCAACCAAUCAGAAAGUCUCAGAGAUUACAGAUUUGACUUAUGUAUUGCCUGACAGCCUCAGAAGGUGUUAUGUAAUUUAACCAAAUAAAAGCAGUUUUACAAUUA